GGGCAAUUGGUCUAGGGGUAUGAUUUUCGCUUCGCAUCCUCAAAAAUGCGCCUUGUGAAAGGUCACCGGUUCGAAUCCGGUAUUGUCCACGGCAGUUCCUUUUGCCACUUUUUGGUCCACCAUCUAGGUUGGGAAUGGUUGAGCUCGCAAGCCGAGGUUCAAGCUAUCCGGGGUGGGGCCUGUUGUCUGAACCGGCAAUUCAUCACUCAACUACCGAUUCAGGAGUUUAUCCUCUUACAUGAAUGUCACUAUAGCGCCGCGCAGUGUUGAGAACUUGAGUUGCUACAUACCUUAUCCAUGGGCAUCAGACUCGGAGUGAAGGCAGAAACUCUAUCUUCUUGCUCUCAGCUUCUUUCACAGUCACUAGAUCAGUCAUCCCAGCUCGAAAGCGACGAAUACAAUGACAGAAACACACCUUGUUCCCUUUUUCGAGGCCACCAGAGUUCAAAAGCUCGGCUCACAUGCCUACUCCGUGAACCUAGCUGAUACAUUCUGCAUUGGGACCGUUCCCAAUGGAGGUUAUGUAGCCUCUUGCCUACUCGAGGCAGUACGCAUCCAUUCGGCACCAAGUGGACAGAAGGACGUGAUGAACGCCCACUUUCAGUUCCUCAGCCGUACCGAGGCCGGCCCGGCGGUGAUUUUCAUCGAAGAUAUCAAGCGAGGUCGUCAGCUCUCAACGCUUCACGCCACCCUCUACCAGGGCGGUCUUCUGGACAAGGCGCCCUGGUUCACGCCGGGAUCGACACGCAAACCGAUUUCCGCGUACCUGACCAUGACAGAUCUGAGCAAAGAACAAGGCGUCUCGUUGCCGGUACCUUUCAACCUAGAUCACCCGCUACCCCCUCCGCCAAAGCCCAACUUUACAGCCCUCAAAGAAAACCUCGAUCGUAACUGGGAACGCUUCACUGUCCCCCGCGCCAGCCCCCUCGGCUCCAUGCGCUGCCUGCAGAACUGCAUCUACUAUGCGCCAAGGGGUGGCCAGGCCGCAAAGCACAAGCACGUCAUUGACAAGUGGGUGCGUCUCGCAUCAGGGGAGAAGUUCACGGCGUCCUCGUUGGGCUACGUCGCCGACUGCUGGCCGUACGUGGUCGAGGCUUAUAGGCCUCCUCCUCCUUCCAACAAUCAAGAAUCGGUUUCUGAGCAAAGUCGCCACGAACAUGACCCGUUUCCGCACGACGCCAAGUUCUGGUACCCAACCGUCGUGCUCAACCUUGAGGUGAAGAAGGCGCUACCGGAGGAAGGUGUUGAGUGGCUGCAGCUGAGGAUCCAUUCGAAACAGGUCAAAAAGGGGCGGUUGGAUCUUGAGGUGAUAGUGCUGGAUGAAGAUGGGGAGUUGGUUGCGCUGAGCAAUCAUGUCAAUUUGAUUGUGGGGAGUGAGAGGAAUACUGCUGGUAGAAGCAGCCAUAGUCACGCAGCGGCGAAGGAAUGGAGUCGGAUUUGAGGAUUAACUUGGACUCUGGCAAUAGCAGAGUUGCAGCAGCUCUUAUUAUUAAGUUCCUUGCUGUCACAGUAUGAGAGGUUGAGAUUUCUAGAGUUAUGCCGAAUUAGCAAGUUUGCGUAGC